AUGAAAGAUCUCCUCACCCUUCUGCUGUGCUCCAAUGCAAGUGGAGACUUCAAAGCGAAGCUGCUUCUUGUUUAUCAUUCUGUAAACCCUGGGGUAUUCAAGAAGAAUAAUGUGGUCAAGACUAGGCUACCAGUAUUGUGGAAGUCGAACUCCAAGGCAUGGGUGACCAGAAUUAUUUUUAAGGAGUGGCUGCAUGAGGUAUUUGCCCCCAGCGUUAAGGCUUAUCUACAGGAGAAGGGCCUCCCUGUGAGGUGCCUUCUUCUGAUGGAUAAUGCUCCUGCCCACCCUCCAAGUUUGGCUGAUAACAUGGAUGAGGAUAUGGACUUUAUUCAAGUAAAGUUCCUACCACCCAAUACCACCCCACUUAUACAGCCUAUGGACCAGCAAGUGAUUGCCAACUUCAAGAGGCUCUUCACCAAAGCACUGUUUAGUAGGUGCUUUCAGGUGACCAACGACACUGAUCUCACCCUUAGGGAUUUUUGGAAGAACCAUUUCAACAUCUUCCACUGCAUUAACCUCAUUGAUAAGGCGUGGAAUGAAGUAACUUAUAGGACCCUUAAGGCAUGUUGGAGGAAGUUGUGGCCUGAAUGUGUCCCAGAGCGAGACUUUGAGGGGUUUGGAGAAGAGACUGGAGCACCUGAGGUUGAAGAGAUCGUGUCCAUAGGGAAGACAUUGGGCCUAGAAGUGAACGAGGAGGACGUUGAGGAGCUACUUGUUGACCACAAGGAGGAUUUAAACACCACCGAGCUGCAAGAGCUGCAGAAUGAACAGCAGAAGACCCUAGCUGAGGAGCAUUCUUCACAUUCAGAGGAUGAGGAAAGGGAGGAGGUUGUUCCCAGUGAAGUGAUUCAUGAGGUCUUGGCAAAGUGGAAUGAUGUGCAAGAGUUUAUUAAAAAAGCACCAUUCAAACAAAACAGUGGCCAUAAGAACAGUGAAUUUGAUUAA